AUGCCGCGCGAGAUCAUUACCAUUCAAGCUGGGCAGUGCGGCAACAGCAUUGGGAGUCAGUUCUGGCAGCAGCUCUGCCUGGAGCACGGCAUCAGCCAGGACGGUAACCUGGAGGACUUUGCGACCGAAGGGGGGGACCGCAAGGAUGUGUUCUACUACCAGAGCGACGAUACCAGAUACAUCCCUCGCGCGAUCCUCAUAGAUCUGGAGCCUCGGGUCAUCAACGGCAUACAAACCGGUCCGUACCGAAACAUCUACAACCCUGAAAACUUUUACGUGGGCAAGAACGGCAUGGGCGCCGCCAACAACUGGGGCGACGGCUACCAGUCGGGCGAGGCCGUCUGCGAGGACAUCAUGGAGAUGAUUGACCGCGAAGCCGACGGCAGCGACUCGCUGGAAGGAUUCAUGAUGCUGCACUCGAUCGCGGGCGGCACCGGCUCCGGCCUGGGCAGCUUCCUGCUGGAGCGGCUGAACGACCGGUUCCCCAAAAAGAUCAUGCAGACGUACUCGGUCUUCCCGGACACGACCAACUCGGGCGACGUGGUGGUGCACCCGUACAACAGCAUCUUGUCCAUGCGGCGGCUGACGCAGAACGCCGACUCGGUCGUGGUGCUGGACAACGGGGCGCUGUCGCACAUCGCGGCGGACCGGCUGCACGUGCAGGAGCCCUCGUUCCAGCAGACGAACCAGCUGGUGGCGACGGUCAUGUCGGCCAGCACGACGACGCUGCGCUACCCGGGCUACAUGCACAACGACCUGGUCAGCAUCCUGGCCUCGCUGAUCCCCACGCCGCGAUGCCACUUCCUCAUGACGGCCUACACGCCCUUUACGGGCGACCAGGUCGAGCAGGCCAAGACGGUGCGCAAGACGACGGUGCUCGACGUCAUGCGGAGGCUGCUCCAGCCCAAGAACCGCAUGGUCUCGACCGUCCCGGGCAAGAAGAGCUGCUACAUUUCCAUCCUCAACGUCAUCCAGGGCGAGGUGGACCCGACCGACGUCCACAAGAGCCUGCUGCGCAUCCGGGAGCGCCGGCUGGCGACCUUUAUCCCCUGGGGUCCGGCGAGCAUCCAGGUGGCCUUGACCAAGAGGAGCCCGUACAUUCCCAUGAGCCACCGCGUGAGCGGGCUGAUGCUCGCCAACCACACGAGCAUUGCCACUCUGUUCAAACGCAUCGUCAAGCAAUACGACGGCAUGCGCAAGCGCAACGCCUUCAUGGAGGGCUACAAGAAGACGGCCCCCUUUUCCGAAAACCUGCACGAGUUCGACGAGGCCAGGGAGGUGGUGGCGGACCUGAUUGCCGAGUACGAAGCGGCCGAGGAUGCGGACUAUUUGAACCCAGGCAACGGGGACAAGGCGACGUCUGCGGAGGCGGAUGGGCGGGUGGGAUGA